AUGUUAACACAACCUGCUUCCACUGAGGCGGGCGAGACCCCACAAGCGGCAAUUGCACCUGAUGCAUCUUCCACCACUCAUACUGAGAACUCAACUGCAUCACCAGAUACUCUGCAUAGCACUCAAGAUCAUCCGAUAUCAACCCAGCCUGAAGCAUCGCCACUUCUUCAUCAUGCCAAGGUGCUUGAGGCGUUGAGUGAAGUUCCACCUCAAGAGAACACCGCCAUAAGUGAACAGCCGAACCCAGGAACUGCGAACGAAAUCUCUGGAACAACAGUUGAAGCUCACUACUCGGCAACCGCGUCGGUUCUGACACCCAUGCCCGACGCACAUGCAGCCUCAUCGCCGGACCAGUCAGUUCCUGUCCAGGAAAAUUCUUUACAUAAUGCUACUGUUCACCCUCCAGCUGGGCCUCUUUCUUCCCUUAGCCUGAGGGGAGAAGACAACGGCGAAGAGGGACCAACCUAG